CUGACGUUCAACUUUGUAUCGCUACUUUAUCACUUAUUUCUAUCGUUACAGGCUGUACACACCUCUUCUCAGCUCGAUAAUAAAAAUGUUCACAAACAACAAGCUUGUCCUAGCCACGACGUUGGCGUUGGCUUCCUUUGUCACAGGGUUACAGAUUGAUUCUCCCGCAUCUUUGGUAGAAUGUCAACCCGUGUCAAUCACCUUUUCAGGUGGCGCUUCCGCUCCAUACUAUAUCGCUAUUCUUCCCGGUGGGAAUCCAUCAGCCGCUGCGCUUGAGAAUUUACCACAAGCUCAAUCAUCUCCUGUAACGUGGACUGUUGAUCUCGCUGCUAACACCAACAUUACACUCAAAAUCACUGAUGGUGCCGGUACCAUCGCAUACUCGAGCCCUGUGGUCGUUCAAUCAGGUGCCAGUACCAGUUGUAUGAACAGUAAUGGUGGUGGAAGCGCAUCUGCAUCGGCUUCAGGUUCGGCUUCAGGAACUAGCAAUGCUUCAGCAUCCGGCACCGCCUCCGCUUCCGCUUCUGGUUCCAGCGCAAGCGCUUCGAAAGCUGCCAAUGCUGGAUAUAUCACUCAAGCCAACGGUGCUAUGGUCAUCUUUGGAGGUGUUGCCGCAGCCUUAGGUAUCAUGGCCUGAGCGAUGAAAUAUAAUUAGGACCUACUGGGUUGAACCCAUGUUCUAAGUCUAAAUGGAUAAUCUUCUUGCAUACAGUAUCUUCUUUAUUUUAGUCUUGAGUUAUGAUAUUUUAUAUUUUUAC